CAACAGCUUCUCUGUUGUCGCUGGUCGAUGCGCCUCUCAAAAUGUUUUACGAUUUGAAUGUUCCCUGGAGCGCUGAUGACCCAGAGGUUCCAAGAACACUGUCCUUUCUACAUGAACUGGGCUACAAUGAAGUCGCUUUAACACAUACGUUGUCGGGAAAAAUUCCGGCAGACGUUACAUGUCCAAUUCCGAAGGAGCUACCUUUUUCCACGCCUGAAGAUCUCACAAUUCACCGUCGCUGUACCCUUGUCCUCUCGGACCCUUCGCAGAACCACCGCCUAUCAGCGCUUUCCAAUUCUUACGAUAUUCUCGCCCUUCGUCCGACAACGGAUAAGUGCCUCCAGCAGGCGUGUCAAACACUAGAAUGCGACCUCAUCUCUCUCGACCUGACGGUGCGGCAUCCAUUCCACUUCAAAUUCAAGACAUUGUCCUCUGCAUUACAACGCGGCAUUAAAUUCGAGCUCUGCUAUUCACCUGGGAUAUUGGCCGUUGACAAUAAUGCUCGACGCAAUUUGAUCAGCAAUGCCAUUCAAAUAAUCCGCGCCACUCGAGCUCGAGGGCUGGUCAUCAGCAGCGGAGCAACAAGAUCAGUAGGAUGUAGGGGACCCUGGGACGUGAUUAAUUUAGCUGCUGUCUGGGGCUUAGGGCAAGAAAAGGGUCGCGAUGCCGUCGGAAGAGAAGCCAGGAGCGUGGUCGUAGCAGCUCAGAUGAAGAGGCGAAGCUACAAAGGUGUGAUUGACGUGGUCGAUGCAGGCGAGAAAAGGGCGCCGAAGGAUCAAAAGAACAAAAAGGAUGGCGCCCAAAAGCGAAAAGCAGAUGCCUUGCAAGGCGGCGAGGCUGAAGCUGCCAAACUUGCCAAACCUGCUCCAGCUCUGUCUAAACGAGAGCAGAAGAGACAGGCGAAGAAAGCCAAGCUGGACGCCACAGUUGGCAAUAACCCCAUACAGCAAGUCACGGAAACUGCUAAAGGAUGAAUUCAUCCUCGAUUCUGAGCGUUCCGUGCGCCUCACAGUCUUUUCGUGGCACAUCGGAGUCCUUGACCUGGCAUCCUGGGCAAGACAGCGGAGGCUUCCUCUUGCCAUCACUGGCAAGCAGAGACAUCUACUUGCCCGAGGCACCGGAGAUACAGUCACAUGAUGCCAUACGCCCUGGGCCAAUGCUGCAGUCCCAGGCAAGGUUUCUGAAACGAACAGACCGGGGAAUCUUUCAACCAUUACAAUUCCUAGGAUAAUUCCUUCUCGCACCUCCCCAGACGUGGGCAUCUCAUCUCUCGAGCGAUGUAUCAAGCUGCUCCAUCCCAACUGCUGGCCUCGAAGCAUAUAUGUUGCAGGAUAGAGCGUGUGUCAUUAUCAUGAUGUGCGUUCUGCGACAGACUCGCACGCUAUUGCAGUGCCGUGAAUAGUCAAUGCUUUAAAAACUACGUGC